AUGGGGCUGUGCUGGUGUCCUCCUGCGUCUAGCAGUGAUUCCAAGGAAAGAAUAGCGAGGCUGGCCUCCGCUCUGCGCAGAUUUAAUUUCGAGGUGUUGAUUGUGCCUUCGCAAAGGCCCGAGGCGAUUUCUGCAGCAACCUCUCUUGUUGACGUCGCCGCCAAGGAGUUACAAUGGGAGCUCGAGCUUUCAACACUGCCUUGCCAAGCAGGCCUUGACGAGAAGUCCUUGCAAGAUGCAUAUCAUUCCGUGUACACAGAUCGAUGCGUUGCUGCAGAACAGAGCUGCUUGCUGCUUCUCAGUAAUCGGGAGGAGGCGUGGUCCUGGCUGUCGACCUUCACGAAUUGGUUUCUUGGCAAAGAGCCGCUCGAGUUGAGUGACGAGGAGCAGAUUUGGCUUGCUGUGGAGCUGAAUGGUUUUACACUUGCUGGAUCGUCUCCAGGCCUCAAGCUUCGCUCGAAGACGAGUGAGAUGAGGGCAGCCGUAACUUGA